AUGCUUUCAGCAUGUCCUCCAUCUCAUUUCACGUGUCGCGACGGCACGUGCAUUCCGCUGUUCUGGAAGUGUGAUUCAAACAGAGACUGUGAUGAUGGCUCCGACGAGCCGCCCGAGUGUGCUCACUCGCUGGGCUGCCUGGAGGGCCAGUUCCGGUGCACGGGCACACAGAAAUGCAUCCCCAGCGGAUGGCUCUGCGACGGCGACUUCGACUGUGGCGUGCACAAGAAAACGCUGCAAGUGGACACUUCGGAUGAGAACAACGACAAGUGCGCCAAUGUGACGAAGUGUCCGGUCAAUAAAGUGGCAUGCAAGCCGGGCGUUUGUCUGGAAAUUGAGAAAUUCUGCGAUGGACACUGGGAUUGCGUGAAUGAUGAGCUGAAUUGUGCGAAGAAUCUGUCCAAAUGUGGCACUCUCAAGUGCUCCUUCGACUGUCGUGACACUCCGGAGGGGCCCAAGUGCUUCUGUCCGCCUGGACAGGAGCCAAAUGGCACAGCUUGUCAGGACAUCGAUGAGUGCCAAGUGGAGAACAAGUGCGAUCAGCUGUGCACCAAUGUGCCGGGCAGCUAUCGAUGCUCCUGCGUGGCUGGAUAUACCAAAAUUGAUUGGAGAUGUCAGGGGAUUAAUGUGCCGAAAGAAGAGUCGCCCUCGUUGGUGUUCAUCACACAGAAAGAUCUACGUCGUGUGAGCAUGAGUGGCGAAUUGUGGUCAUUCAAUCCUGUCUUUCCUGUGCAAAAUCCCAUUGCAUUUGAGUUUUGGCACAGAAAUCGCAGUGUUUGCCUUCUGGCACCGUCGGCUGAUGGCAUUGUUGAGUUCAAUUGCCACAACAUCGAUGAUUUCAGCACACAAUGGCAUCUUCCGCUGCCCGAUGCAUAUCCCAAUCUUGAAACAAUUGAGCUGGUAAUGUUGGACUGGAUUUCGGGCAAUUGGUACUAUUUGGAUGCGGGAAAGGAGAUAAUCUUUGUGUGUACCAGCGAAAUGAAGCAUUGCACGGUGAUAUUGGAGAGAGACAUGGGAAAGGUGAGGGGAAUGGCUAUUGAUCCAACGGCUGGAUUCUUCUUCUUCACGAAGUGGGGCAACAAUCCGGCAGCCGUGGAGCGAUGUCUGCUGGAUGGGAGCAAUCGCACGAAGCUCGUCACGCACAAGAUUGUCUAUCCCAAUGGUGUGACACUGGAUUUGGCUAAUAAGCAUGUGUACUGGGUGGACACGUAUAUGGAUUUCAUUGAGAGGGUGAAUUACAAUGGGGAGAAUCGCUGGGGCAUCAAGAGACAGUUUUCACAUGUGUCGCUCAUUCAAUCGCUGCACGGUGUGACAUUCUUUGAGAAUGGUAUCUAUGUGACAUCAUGGAGGAAUCAUUCGGUGAUUGGGCUGGACAGGAAUGAACAAGUGGCCACGGUGAUUGUGGCCAAUUCUUCUGUGCCGGUGGGAAUUCACGUGUUUCACCGACAGCGACAACCUGAGGUGUCACAUCCGUGUCGUGAGCGUAAUGGCGAGUGUCAGCAUCUCUGCAUUCCGCUGUGGCGGAAGAAUGUGGCCAUAGCGCAGUGUCUGUGUGCCCCGGGAUAUCGGCUCAAGGGUCGCACGCAAUGUGUGCUGGUGAAGUUCUCAUCCUUUCUGCUGUUUGCACGCGAACAGCCGCCAAUGAUUAAGGGCAUUUCGAUGAAGAAGCAAGCGUCUGUGCAGGAUGCAAUUGUGCCAAUUGUUAAUAUUGAGUGGCCCGUAACGUUGGAUUACAGUGUGAAGGAUCAGGUGAUCUAUUUUGCUCACAAGAACAAGAAGAACAACACUUUCACCAUCGAAUCGCAAGGCUUGGAUGGCACUGGGAGAAGGAUUGUCAUAGCUGGAUUGCUGGGAUGCAAUGGCUUGGCGUAUGAUUGGAUGGGCGGAAAUCUCUUCUUCACCGACUCCACGUGGAAUACGAUAUCUGUGGUGAAGAUUAGUGAUUCACCAACACAAAAGACACUCAUUCCAGACGGAAUUGUUCAUCCUGAUGCAAUUGUUGUGGAUCCACAGCGUGGAAUAAUGUAUUGGACAACGUGGGUUGUAACUGGUUACUUUGGAUCUAUUCAGAGCGCCUGGAUGGACGGCACGCAUCGCAAUGUUCUGCUCCAAUCGAAUCUUCACUGGCCCACAGGAUUGACGCUGGAUCAUGCAAAUGGGAAGCUGUACUGGUGCGAUCCGAUAAUGCCGCUGAUUGAGCGAGCAGAUGUGGAUGGUAAGAAUCGUGAGGCGCUGUACAAUGGUAUGUCUGAGCACUUCUAUCCGCACUCCAUGGCCUUCAACGGUCAGAUGAUCUUCUGGACGGACAAUGUGCAGGGCAACAUUCGUUCUCUGAUCAUGGAUAAUGGUGAUGUGCGUGAUUCUGGUGAGCCACUAUUGCUGGAGCGCAAUCUCAUUGCCAGCAUGAAGGUGUUUGACAAUUCCAGUCAAACGGGGACGAAUGCAUGUACGGAGAGUGCAGCAAAUUGUCCAGGAAUUUGCCUGAUAACACCAAAUGGCUCUGUGUGCUCGUGCGGUGAUGGAUUCUCACUGAAUGCCAGCGGCACAACAUGCAUCCCGAGGGUGGAUUAUGUGGCGCCAACUGACUGUGCUCCUGGCUUCUUUCGCUGUCAGCACGAGCAUCGAUGCAUUGAAGUGCGCUUCCUGUGCGACGGCGACAAUGAUUGUCGCGAUGGGAGCGACGAAGCGGCGGGCGCUGAUGGUCCGUGCUCGACGAAGGAUCACUGCAACACGACAGCGGGGUAUUUUCAGUGUGACGGCAAUCGGUGUCUGCACAACGCGACACUGUGCGAUGGAAUUGCCCAUUGCAUAGACGAGAGUGACGAGGAUGCGACUCGUUGUCCGAACAUCACGUGCACAGACAGCCAAUUUCAGUGCAAAGUGACGAAGAGGUGCAUUCCGAACAUCUGGUACUGUGAUCAGCAUGCAGAUUGUGGUCCUGGAGAUGCGUCAGAUGAGCCAGAUGAUUGCGGCGAGUGUGUGGAGUAUGAGUGUGACAAUAAGGUGUGCGUGCCAUACGAGAUGAUCUGCGAUGGUUUCGACAACUGUGGCGAUCACUCUGAUGAGAAUGGAUGCAUGAGGGAGUGUCGCCUGGGGCAGAUUUACUGCAUGCCCAAGGGAUGUCUCAAUGAGAGUCUCAUUUGUGAUGGAAUUGUCGAUUGCUUCGACGCCAGGGAUGAGCAACACUGCGACAACACAACUCUGAGCGACAAUAAAACCAUCCGGCCGGAAUUUCAAUGUGGGCGAGAUGAGUUGAGAUGCCUAAAUGGGAUUGAGUGCUUUGCAAAGCACUUGCGCUGUGACUCUGUCAAUGAUUGCCUGGACAAGUCGGAUGAGCUUAAUUGCACGACAAUUACACCGCGACCGAGCUUCAAUGAGACGGUGAAGUGUGAGGAUCCCGAUCGGUAUUGUCACAGGACGAAUGCUUGUAUAAAAGUGGAGCAACUGUGCAAUGGCAUCAAUGACUGUCCAGAUGGCUCUGACGAAGGAUUCCGAUGCAGUGAGAAAUUGUGUGACUAUGAGAAUGAUUGCUCACACUUUUGCCACAAUGCUCCAGAGGGGAGCAUCUGCUCUUGUCCGCCGCAUAUGUUUCUGGCCAGCAAUGGGCGAACGUGCUCGAUGGAACAUGCAUGCGAACACUGGGGAACGUGUUCGCAGGUGUGCAAGCAGAGGGGCAAGAAGUAUGUUUGCCAGUGUCACGAAGGCUUCAUGCUGCAGUACGACAGAUUCUCCUGCCGGAGCACCAACAAGGAUUCUCCGUAUGUAAUCUUCAGUAAUCGCCAGGAGAUUCGCGGUGUAGAUCUCAAGACGCUGGCAGUGAAGAACUUCUACUCAGCUCUGCGUAAUACCAUCGCUCUGGAUUUCUUCUAUGGCAAUGACUCCGUGCAAAUCUACUGGACGGACGUGAUUGAUGACAAGAUCUACAGAGCGUCUCUGAUUGGAGACUCUCUGACGAAUGUCGAGGCUGUGGUGCAGUCGGGAUUGUCCACGGCUGAGGGAUUGGCUGUGGACUGGAUUGGCAUGAAUCUGUACUGGGUGGACUCGAAUCUGGAUCAGAUUGAGGUGGCAAAGGUGAAUGGGAGCUUCCGGAGGACUCUCGUGGCUGGCGAUAUGGAGAGUCCACGGGCCAUAGCUCUGGAUCCGCGUGAUGGUCUGCUGUUCUGGACGGAUUGGGAUGAGGUGGCGCCGCGUGUGGAGCGCUGCUCGAUGGCCGGUGAGCAUAGGAAGACAAUAAUGCAGGUGCAGCAGAUUCAGGGCGCGUGGCCAAAUGGCUUGACGCUGGACUACAAUCAGAGGCGCAUUUACUGGAUAGACGCACGAUCAGACUCAAUUCACACCACAGACUACAAUGGUGAGGAUCAUCACUUGGUGAUACGCGAUCCGGAGAUCUUAUCGCAUCCCUUUGGCAUAUCAUUGUUCGAGAAUCAUGUUUACUGGACAGAUUGGCGGACCAAUUCGGUGAUUCGUGCCAAUAAGUGGAAUGGCUCGGAUGUGGCGGUGAUUCAGAGGAAGUUGACACAGCCUUUUGGCAUACAAGUGCUGCACUCGAGUCGACAGCCGAGCGAUGGCAGAAAUCCCUGCGGCGCAAACAAUGGCGGAUGCUCGCACUUGUGCUUGUUGAGUGUGAAUGGCACUUAUCGCUGUCAAUGUCCGCAUGUGAUGCGCCUGGAUGGCAAUAAUCGCACUUGCAUUCCCAAUGAGCAAGUCUUGCUGUUUGUCACUGGUUCAGAGAUUAGAGGCGUUGAUCUGUAUCAACCUAAUCAUCACACAAUUCCCACCAUCAGUCACACAACGCAAGUCUUGGCGCCGGUGAAAAUUGACUUCCUCGUCAAUGGCAGUCGAUUGUUCUGGUCCGAUGUGCAGUUGAAUGAGAUCAAGACGUCUGGACUGUCCAAUGGACCCAUUGAGACAAUUCUGGACACGGAUAUUCCUCAACCGGUUGGCUUUGCCAUCGAUUGGACGGGGAAGGUGAUGUUUGUGUCAUCGGGAAGGACGGAAUAUCGGAUAAUUGCAUGCAAUUUGCAAGGUGAAUAUGUGACGGAGAUUCACACAAGUCUUCCGGAAGUGACGAGUAUUGCUGUCUAUCCGGCAUUCGGGCGACUCUUCUGGUCACAAUCCAAUAGUUCAACAGUCAACAAUACGCACAGGAUCAUGAUGAGUGCAAUGGAUGGAAGUGGGGUGGAAAUUGCCGUGGCCACAGAGCACAAAAUCGACAGUCUCACGAUGGAUUAUGAGGAGAAGAAGCUCUACUAUGUCUUCCCCCACGUGGGAUCAAUCUAUUACUAUGACAUUGUCCGGAAGAUGACUCAUGAGGUGCUCGCAAUGCAGAAUCCUCAGGUGUACGUGGGAAGUGUGACAGUGUACAAGGACAAUAUUUACUAUGCUGAGAAUUCGGAUAACACCAUUCGGAAGUGUGACAAGAAUCGAUGCGUGGGAAGUGAGAUUAUCAGGAACAACACGGCGGGCGUGCAUUCGCUCAGGAUGUUCUUCCCAGCAGCGCAAACGGGCGUGAGUGCGUGCAGUGAGAGGAGUUCAGGGUGUGAGCACUUGUGUCUGGCGACAGGGGAGCACACGAGUGUGUGCAAGUGUGCCAUUGGCUAUGUUCAGUGGCAGAAGAAUCCCACGAGAUGCCAGGGAACGGAGGAGUUUAUUCUCUAUUCGCUGAGCUAUGAACUCAAGGGAUUGCCGCUGUUUGAUGAUGUCAAGUCGUACAUGAUAAAUGGGGAGAAGAGUGUUCUGGCGCCCAUCUCGAGGAUCUCCUUGGCCUCCAGCAUUGACUAUCAUGCCAUGAGUGACUUGAUCUUCUGGGCGGACAGUGAGCGUGGCACAAUCACGAAGAUUCGACGCGACGGCACGGGAAGAGAAGUGAUUAUCCAUCAAUUUGACUUGGUAGACAGUAACAAUAGUGAUUCACCGAGUGGCAUUGCCGUGGAUUGGGUGGCGCAGAAUAUCUAUUGGAGUGAUGAGAAGAGGGAUUUGAUAGAAGUGGCGAGAUUUGAUGGAUCCUACAGAUAUGUGGUGGCGGCGAAUCUCAACAAACCCACGGCACUGGCUGUGGAUCCCAAAGCCGGACUGAUAUUCUACACUGGCGAUCGUCAGAUUGGCAUGGUUGGCAUGGAUGGCAGCUCGUCAUUUGUGCUGUACAAUCAGUCUGUGUCGGACUGCAAUAUCUUCCUGGAUAUUGACAAUCAGGUGGUGUAUUGGGUGGAGAUGCAGGCGGGAAAGGUGAAGAGGGUGGACUAUGAUGGGCAUCAGGUGACAACGCUGAUAUCUGAGGGUCUGACAAAUCCCGUGGCCAUUGCCAUUGCCAAUGGGCGGCUCUUCAUUGCGGAGAGUAUUCAUCAGAGGAGCACAAUUAAGAUGGCACCUCUGGCCAAUCUCACGGAUUUGACGACUAUCCGGACGGAGGCGAGUAGCUUGAGGGAUUUGAAGGUGUUUGGGCGACAUGUGCAGAAGGGAAGGAAUCCGUGUGAGCUGAACAAUGGCGGUUGUCAGGAGUUGUGCCUGUACAAUGGCUCUCAUCCCGUCUGUGCAUGCUCACAUGGCAGAAUCUCAGCCAAGGAUGGGAAGUCUUGUGAGGAUUAUGAGAAUUUCCUCAUCUAUUCCCGCAUGACGUCCAUCGAGAGCAUCCAUUUGACGGAUCACACAAACUUGAAUGGACCUGUGGCGAAGAUUCAGAACUCCACAAUGAUGAAGAACACCAUUGGACUGACAUAUGAUUAUCCCCGAGCACGCAUCAUAUACUCUGACAUUCACUCCAGCACAAUCAAUUGGGUGAUGUUCAAUGGCACGGAUCACAGGAUGAUUGUCAAUAAGCAGAUUUCCGUUGAGGGUCUCGUGUUUGAUGCUCUGAGUGAUCAACUGUUCUGGACAAGUAACAUCGAUGCCUCCAUUCGAUCUGUGUCAAUGAAGAACAUUUCCUGGGAUCAUCCGGCCAACAAUACGAAUCUCGUGAGGAUUGUGAUGAAGCUGAAGGCGGGCGACAAGCCGCGCGGCAUCGCGGUGGAGAGUUGCAUGUCAAUGGUGUAUUGGACGAAUUGGAAUCAAGUCACGCCGUCCAUUCAGCGAGCCUACAUCUCUGGCUAUGGUCUGGAGAGUGUGAUCACCACGGACAUUCGAAUGCCCAAUGCAAUAACGUUGGAUUAUGAGGCGCACAAGCUGUACUGGGCGGACGCGAGACUGGACAAAGUGGAACGUGCGGAUUAUGAUGGAUCGCACAGGAUCAUUCUGGCGCACUCAACGCCCAAACAUCCCUUCUCAAUGGCCGUGUACGGAGAUCUGCUGUUCUGGACAGAUUGGGUGCUUCACGCUGUGAUUCGAGCCAAUAAGUACUCAGGCAGCGAUGUUGUCUUCCUGCGGAAGGACAUUGGGCGUCCAAUGGGAAUUGUGGUUGUGCAAAACACCACACAAGAUUGCUCAGCUGAUCCGUGUAAAGUGUUGAAUGGCGGUUGUGAGGAUCACUGCAGUGUGGAUAAGAACUUCAAGGUGAAGUGCGAAUGUACACGAGGCCGUUUGGCGCCAGAUGGAAAGCGCUGUUUGCCCGCAAAUUCGUCAUCUUGCUCAGUGGACAUGUUUGAGUGUUCUUCCGGUGGAUGCAUUCCCUUCCACUUGACGUGCGACUCAGUGCACCACUGUCCGGAUGGAUCGGACGAACAAACGGCGUACUGUGCCUUCCGCACAUGUCCCACGAACUUCUUCCAGUGCGACAAUCACAGGUGCAUUCCGCAGAAUCAGACGUGCAACGGUGUGCAGAAUUGCGGCGAUGGCAGUGACGAAGCGCACUGCAACUGCACAGAUAAACACUUUCGCUGCAGCACGGGUCAGUGCAUCCCCAUCAAGUACAGAUGCGAUGGUGAUCCCGAUUGUCCUGAUCUGUCGGAUGAAAUCAACUGUGAGCGUCCCGUGUGCCACUUGAAAUCCAUCGCCAAUGCCGACAGUGUGCUUCAAUGUGAACACACGACAGCUUGCUACAUGCGCUCGUGGAAGUGUGACGGUGAAAAUGAUUGCUGGGAUGGCAGUGAUGAGGCCGAUUGUCCGGCCACGGUGAAAUCCACGUGUCCGGCGAGUAAAUUCACGUGUCCAAAUGGCGAGUGUAUUCCGCUGAUGUGGCGCUGCGAUGGUGAGGACGAUUGUAUGGAUGGUGGAGUUGAUGGAGCGGCUGCCGAUGAGAUGAAUUGCACACAGCAUUGUCUGCACAAUCAGUUCACGUGUCAGAUGAAUCGCUCGUGCAUUCCGGCAUCGUGGCAGUGCGACGGCCAGCCGGACUGUACUGAUGGCAGCGAUGAGGGUGAGCAUUGCCAGCUGAAGCCGUGUCCGGAGAACUACUUCCAGUGCAACAGCACGGGCAGAUGCAUCUCGCAGCUGUGGGUGUGCGAUGGCGAUAAGGAUUGCGCGAAUGGUGAGGAUGAGGCGCCCAUUCGUGACUGUGAUGCCCAGAGAUCGUGCUCCAUCUUGUCAUUCUACUGCAAGUCUGGCGAGUGUAUUGAUAUGCAGUACGUGUGCGAUGGCGAUGUGGAUUGUGAUGAUGGCAGUGAUGAAUUGCCGGGAUGUUCACCGGGUGUGUUUGCACAUGCCGUGUGUGGUCCGGGGAUGUUCAGAUGCAAUAACAGGGAGUGCAUCCCGAAGAACUUCACGUGUGACUUCCGCACAGAUUGCGAGGAUGCCAGCGAUGAGGAUCCCAAGAUGUGUGAGGACUCGAAGAUCAUCUGUGCCGGCCCGAAUCACUUCCGAUGCGAGACGGGUGUGUGCAUUUCCGAUGCCGAUGUGUGCAAUGGACGGGACGAUUGUGGUGACUUCAGUGAUGAAUUGGCGUGCGGUGUGAAUGAAUGUGAGGACAUCUCGAUGCCAAAAUGUGCACAGAAAUGCGUCGACAAGAAGGUUGGCUACGAAUGUACAUGCAAUGAGGGCUAUCGCGUGAGCACAAUUGAUCGGACACUUUGUGAGGAUGCCAAUGAAUGCGACGAUCGUCCGUGUAGUCAAAUAUGCAUCAACACGCACGGUUCCUAUCACUGUUCAUGUCAUGAGGGCUUCACGAUGCGUGAUAAGUUGAAUUGCAAGGCGAACAGUGAUGAGGAGAUGAGAUUGAUCUUCUCGAAUCGCUACUAUAUUCGUCAGGUGGACUUGUUUGGACGCAUGACACUCUUGGUGCACAAUUUGUCCAAUGCUGUGGCGCUGGACUUUGACUGGACAUCGCAAUGUUACUUCUGGUCAGACGUCACGACAACCGUGAGCUCCAUCCGGCGGUGGUGUCCGAAGGACAAUCGCACGGAUGUGCUGCAUCAGUCAUUGCUGCAGAAUCCCGAUGGAUUGGCUGUUGAUUGGGUGGGCAGGAAUCUGUACUGGUGCGACAAGGGUUUGGACACAAUUGAGGUGUCGACGCUGGAUGGAAAGUUCCGCAGAGUGCUAAUUGGGGAGAAUAUGCAGGAUCUGCAGGAGCCGCGGGCAAUUGUGCUGGAUCCCUUCCAGAAGUUCCUCUACUGGACAGAUUGGGGUGAUAAACCGCACAUUGGCAAGGCAGGAAUGGAUGGCAGCAAUCCGAGGAUCAUUGUUAAAGACGACUUGGGGUGGCCAAAUGCUCUGACCAUCAGCUUUGAGACGAAUGAGAUCUUUUGGGGUGAUGCGCGUGAGGAUUUCAUAGCCGUGAGUGAUUUUGAGGGACAGAAUCGCAAGGUGAUCAUCUCUCGUGCCAUUAAUCCGCAUGUGAAUCUCCAUCAUGUGUUCGCUAUUGCCGUGUGGGAGGACAGGAUAUACUGGACGGAUUGGGAUACAAAGUCCGUGGAGUAUUGCCACAAAUACACUGGACAGAAUUGCUCAACACUUGUGCAGACCAUUCAUCGUCCGAUGGACAUUCGUGUGAUUCAUCCGUACAGGCAGCGCGAGGUGGCGGACAAUCCGUGUCGUACGGCAAAUUGCUCCACACUCUGUCUGUUGGCGCCCAAUGAUGCUGGCUUCAAGUGCGCCUGUCCAGAUAACUUCUAUCUCGCCGCUGACGGUUCAUCGUGCGUGGCCAAUUGCACGGCAUCACAGUUCAAUUGCGCCAACACGUACAAAUGCAUUCCAUUCUACUGGAAGUGUGACGGCAUGGACGAUUGCGGCGAUGGCAGUGAUGAGCCGGGCAAUUGUCCGGCUUUCGCCUGUGAGCCUGGACAGUAUCAGUGUGGAAACAAGAAGUGCAUCCAUCCGAGCUACAUUUGCGACGGCACCGAUCAGUGUGGCGAUGGAUCGGAUGAGACGAAUUGCGACAAUUACGUGUGCUUCAACACACAGUUCAAGUGUCCGCGAGCGGGAAAUGUGUCCGCGCACUGCAUUGACUCGAUGAGGCGCUGUGACGACAGGGUGGAUUGCGCCGGUGAGGAGGAUGAGAAGAAUUGUCCCACCAAGUCAUGCUCGUCGAAUCACUUCCAGUGCACAAAUGGUCGCUGUGUGCCCAAAGUGUGGGUGUGCGAUGGCGAUGUGGAUUGCGUGGACGGAAGCGAUGAGCGCGACUGUCGGCGUCGCGAGUGUCCGGCCAGUGAAUUCAGAUGUAAAUCCGGAAGAUGUAUUCCGCCUUCUUGGCGCUGUGAUGGCGAACGCGAUUGUCCGCAGGGUGACGAUGAGCCGAGUGAGUGUGAAAUAUCUCAGUCCACGUGUGAACCGCUGCACUUCCGCUGCAACAAUUCAAAGUGCAUUCCUGGUCGCUGGCGCUGUGACUAUGAGAAUGACUGUGGUGACAACAGUGACGAGGUGAAUUGCCAGCGAAGGAACUGCUCAGAAUCGGAGUUCAGAUGUGGCGAUGGGAGGUGUAUUCGCGGGAGUCACCGAUGCGAUGGUGAAUUCAAUUGCGAGGAUCGCAGUGAUGAGAGAAAUUGCUCAGUUUCCUGUGCCAAGGAUGAGUUUCAGUGUCACGAGGCGGCUCUGUGCAUUCACAUCAGCCACAGAUGCGAUGGUGAUGAUGACUGCAUCGAUGGGAGUGACGAGAUGAACUGCGAUUGUCUGCGAUCGGAGUUCAGGUGCAAGAAUGGCAAGUGCAUCGCCAAUCGCUUCCGCUGCGAUGGUUGGAAUGAUUGUCUGGAUGGGAGUGAUGAGGAGAUCAGUGUGUGCACCACAUGUCACACAUCGGCCUUCCGAUGUCGCAAUCAUCGCUGCGUGAGUCGCUCCACGCUGUGUGACGGUCACGAUGACUGUGGCGAUGAGAGUGAUGAGCAGAAGUAUGUGUGUCAGGAGUUGCAAAGGUGUUUGCCGCAUGAAUUCCGCUGCACUUCCGAUGGCGCUUGUAUUGCCGAUCACUUCAAGUGCGACGGGAAGCCCAACUGUGCCGAUGCCAGUGAUGAGAUGAAUUGUCGCAAUGUAUCCUGCGACUUUGGCACGUGUAGUCAGGUGUGCUUGGAGAAGAAGGCGGGAAACUACAGCUGUAAGUGCCAAGCGGGAUAUGUGAAGGGGCCGAUGAAGAAUGACACGUGCCGGGCGACGGGCAGAGAGAAGUUCCUCCUGAUUGCCGCAGAGAGUGAGUUUCGCUUUCUGGCGCCGGACAAACCGGACGGGAGUCUCGUGAUGGGAUUCGCCUUGCCGCCCACAUCCAAGAUCACGGCUUUUGACAUUCUAACCACGGAGAAUGAUCUCUACAUAUUCUGGAUUGAUGCAUUCAAUAAUCACAUCAUGAAGCUCAAUGCGAAGGAUUUCGUGGUGGAUAAGAAGAAGUCCACAAAAUCAUACGAAUCCAGUGCGGAGAAGACAAAGAUGCGGGGCAAGAGAGACUCCAGCGAUGGACUGAUCAUUGUGAAUGGCGUUGGGAAGCCGGUGGCAUUGGCCAUUGAGUGGGUAACGCGGCGACUGUACGUGAUUGAUGCCAAAAUCAACACGAUCGUGACAACGGAUUUGGAUGGGAAUGACUUGGUGUCGCUCGUCAGCACGGGUUACACUGCAUUAGACUUGGUUCUCAAUCCCGCCAUGCGUCAGAUGUUCUGGACAACGCAUGCCGUGAGUGGAAUCCUGACGGCGGGCCUGGAUGGGACGGGCAAGAAGAUUCUGCUGCCGCUGGACUUUGAAUGGGCCACGAGUUUGGCGAUGGAUUACACCACCAAUCGUCUGUACUGGACAAAUCAUGUGGGCACCGUAGAGAUGGUGCAGCUGAGGGGAAUGGAGAAGCCGGUGGAUCGUCGGGUGAUUAUGGGUUAUUCGUCGGACAAGAGUCGCGCCAAGAAGCUUGAUGUCUUCGAGGAUUCUGUCUAUGUGACCCUGCAAAAUCAGACAAUUGUGCGAAUCAAUAAGUUCGGACAUGGCGACGCAGUAGUGCUGCUGAAGUCAAAUCACCGAAGCGCCACCAUCAGAAUUGAGCAUCCACUGAAGCAGAACUCCAAUAUCAGCAAUCCGUGUGUCCAUCAUCCGUGUCAUCCCAAUGCCACGUGUCUGCUGUCGAAUGCGAAUCCCGCCGAGAGGAAUUGUCUCUGUUCUGACGACACGUUGCGCUCGAAGGACGGCGAUCCCGAGUCAAUCACGUGCACAACACUGGGGCAAAUCCCGUCGGCGUGUCAGCUGCAGUGCAACUCCGGCUCGUGCAUCUUCCACAAUGGCGAGUGGAAGUGCUCGUGUCCGCCGCAGUACUCGGGCGAAUUCUGUGAAAACUACCGCUGCUCUGGCUACUGUAAGAACAAGGGCAUGUGCUACAUCGACCUGAUAGCGGCGCAUCACGAUGCCAAGGAGCCGCCGCCGCUGCGCUGCAACUGUCCCAGCGCGUGGACGGGCGAGAGAUGUGAGAUCAGUGCGAUUCUCUGUCGCAAGUUCUGCCACAAUGGCGCCGCGUGCGUGGACGGCGGCAAGAAUGGCACUCAGUGCGUGUGCGCCGAUGGCUUCCAGGGCAAUCGCUGCGAGUACUGCUCGGAUCUGAUGUGUGACAAUGGCGGCGUGUGCCGCAAGACGGUGAAUGGCGUGAGUGCGUGCGACUGUCCGGACAGAUUCUCCGGCAGGAUGUGCGAAAUUGACUCGUGCGCCAACUUUUGCUCCAAGAACGGCAAGUGCAGCAUUUCCAUGUCGGGUCCGCGAUGCAAUUGCAAUCCAGGAUUCACGGGCGUCAAUUGUCAGUCCGCCGUGUGCGAUAAGUGUCUCAAUGGCGGCGUGUGCAACGUGACCGAAGAGUCUGGCGUCCAGUGCGUCUGUCAGCGAGGCUUCUCAGGUGAAUUGUGCGAAGUGGACAUUUGCAAGGAGAAUCCGCAGCACGAAAUAUGCUCGCCGCCCAAUUGUGGCUCACUCUAUUGCCAGAACGGCGGCACUUGCAGCUCAGAGAAUGGCAGUCUUGUGUGCAAGUGCACGAGUGACUGGUCAGGAGAAUUCUGUCAGAAGUUCAUCGGUGGCACUGAGUGUGACAAUUACUGUGGCAAUAAUGGGAUUUGUCAGCUAGACGUGCAGAAUCAGCCGGUGUGCAUCUGCAUUGGUGACUGGACGGGCGAGAGAUGCAUGACGCCGCCGGACUGUCGAGGCGAGUGUGGCGAUUGCGAGCCCGGCAACUCGAUCAACGAGUGUCGCUGCGCCGACGGUCUCUAUCAGCCAUGCCGCGAAGUCUUCACCGUGGCAGAGAAGUCCACCAGUGGCACUGUGGCAACUCUGGUGAUUAUUCUCAUUGUCAUCUUCGUCCUGCUGACCGCCUUUCUCGGCGGCACCUUCUUCCUGCGACGCCGCCGCAUUGGGCAGCCCUUCUCGCACGCUCGUCUCACGGAGAAUGUGGAGAUCACGAAUCCCAUGUACCUCGGCGAUGCCGAUGACGGGCCGGUGUUCGUGCAGGAGGAGGACAAGGGACACUUCGCCAAUCCCGUGUAUGAGUCCAUGUACGCGGGCGCCGGCGGUGGUAAUGCGUCUGGCGCUGCCGUGAGCGGAGGCACGGCGCUGGAGGUGUCUCAUGUGGCGCCGGAGGAGAAGAAGGGACUACUGCAACAUAAUCAGGAUGAUGCAUCCAAUCACGAUCUUCUAUGAUCAGCGCUCAGAGGACCUCCAGCCACCGAGGCUCUCAGGAGCUCCUCUUAGCCCAAAGGCAGUGUGCGUGCGUGUGUGUGUGUAAAUAAGGCUCAAUGGCUGUUUUAAGAUGAUUCUUCUCAAAUAUUUCGAUGGUUAUAUUAACGAAAAAAAAACAUGAUGCAAAGUAUAGGCAACUAAAAUGAACACUGAGGAGCAAUUAGGGAUAUAGUGUAAUUGAUUUUUACUUACGCUCUGGAUCCAAUUAUUACGUUGUGAGAUUAUUAUUUUUCUUCCACAAGAUAAAAGAUUGCUAUUAGUGCGUAAUUUCAUCACUGUGCAGCUCAAUAUUGAUAUUAAUAUAACAAUUUUUGACUAUCUGGCAGAGAAAAUCUCGAAUGUUACAGAAAGCAAGCUCAAAGUGCCAUUUGAUUUAUUUGUCUUAGAAGACAGUCAAAGUUAGAAUUUACCAUUAAGAGAUUAUGUGCAGAUUUAUAAGCGAGUAAGACUGUAAUUUUUGAAAAAUAAUUUGAGAAUUAUAGAACAAUUCUUUGAAUAUCAACUCUUUAAAUUUGUGGUACAACUACUCACCAUGGAGUGCCGCUGCGUUACUUAUCAGCCGAGACACCCUGGACGAAUUGUUCAUCGACUAUUCGAAGAGAAAGGACAUAUUUUUGACGAAUCAAGAGAAGACAUAAUUAUAAUUUCCGUUUGUCAGUAUGAUUUUUAUUUUUAGAGACGCAUUUAAUUUGGUAUUAAUUUUAAAACCAUAUAAACUAUACAGCAAUAUAGUUUAUAUUUAUUCACUUUUAAUUCAACACACAGCAAUUUGACGUUGUUUAAAUUCAUAUUAAUUUAUCCUUUGUUUGUUUUACUUUUAGUUUUCUUAAUAUUACUUUGCAAUUGAACUACUUUUGAAGCAAACACACAUUCUCCACACUUUUUGUUGGAAGAAAAUAGGGUUUGUUUUGUCAAAUAAGGUUCUUUUUUUUUUGUUCUUCAUAGUGCAAAAAAGAAAUGUUAAAUGGUUUUCUUACAGCAGAUUACUUAAUUACCAACUAUACUACUAUACUUAUCUGUUAUUACACUGAUAUUAUUAUUUAAAUUCAUCCAUAAGAUUCUUCUUUAAUUCCCUUUUCGUUUAAUCAACUCGGAAGUCGCCUUCCUAUACUUCUUUUUUUCACCUUCUCUAGUAUAUUUUAUAUAAAAAUGGAUUUUCACUAUUUCUAUCAUCUACGUUUAAAAUGAGUCAACAGAACAAACAACUGUCUAACAAGAUACAAUAUUUACGUGCAUAGCAAAACCGAUUGUAAAAAAGAGACAACAAAAUAAAACAUUCUCCUCAUUGUACAUUGAAUACCAACUAAUUUGCUAUCAUUUACUCAUUAAACAUUCAUAGUAUAUUAAUUGACAUUGAGUUUUAUCUUAAUUUGUAUCGUUCUUUAUUUAUUUAUUUUUUUUUUACUUUUUUGUGUAUAAUGGGAAAUGCAAUAUCAUUAUUUCUCAAUAUUAUUUUGUGUCUCGUUUGUAUUUGUGAUCAUCUUGUAUUUUUUUUUUAGUAAAACCAUUAAUUUAGCCUUUAACAUUGUAUUUAUACGCAAAAGUAGUAGUUUCUCUCUCUCUCUACUUCUUCCCGAGUGCGAAAGAACAUGAAGAAGACACUUACAAUGUAAACGAAGAGGAAA